AUGGCACUUAUCUGGCUCUAUACAAGCGUUUCCGCAGUUAUCACAACAUGCUUUCUGACCGUUUUAUUCAUCCUGGCACUCUUCAGUAAUUUACUUGUGUCGCACUUCAAAGGAGCCAAGGAUAAAAGAGAUACUCGGAGUUCAAAGACACCGAUACGACCUAGAAAGCAGUCUCGAGUCUCAUCAGCUAACUCUGAGACCCCUUUAAGUAUAGAGGUUGAUACAUUAAACAACAUCGAAUAUGACCACAUAAUUUCAAGUGUUGAUACGAGACCAGCCACAUAUCAAAAGGAAGAGCCGAAUAUUUCAGGCAGUGUGAACGAUAUUGAAAUGCAAGAAAACCCAUUUGCAGAUGUUCUUAAUGCAGAAGAUUUGCGCUUAGUACCUGAUCUCAAUUAUUAUUACUCUCAGUAUGGUUUACAGAUUGAAGAAUACAGCGUCGAAACCGAAGAUGGUUUUUUCCUGGAUCUCUGGCAUUUGAGAUUGAAGAAUGCUGAGACCAUCGCUCAAGAUAGGCACCCCAUGUUACUAUUGCAUGGUCUACUGCAAAGCAGUGGGUCCUUUGCAUCUGGUGGAAGAAAAUCUCUGGCUUAUUUCCUACAUCAGUCAGGAUUUGAUGUAUGGAUGGGUAAUAACCGCUGCGGAUUUCACCCUCGUUGGAAUGGAGCCCAUGUAAGGGGACAGGAAAAGUGGAAUUGGGACAUGAAUGCAAUGAUCGAAUUCGAUUUGAAGGCUUUAGUGAGCAGUGUUUUAGAGAAAACCCACAAACCUAAAAUUACUUUAAUUGCUCACUCUCAAGGGACCACACAAACAUUCAUGGGUCUGGUAAAUGGCGAACGCAUAUUUAAAGAUGGGUUUAAUUUGAACGAUAAGCUUGAGAACUUCGUUGCCUUAGCCCCCGCUAUUUAUCCUGGGCCAUUGUUGGAAGAGAAAUCGUUUGUUAAGUUCAUGGUGAAUUACAUAAAUUCGCCAUUUGUCUUCGGUAAGAAAUCUUUCCUGCCUCUCAUGAUGACUAUGCGGAACUUAAUGGUGGGGUCAAAGCUUUUUUCGUUCUUAUCGUAUAUUAUGUUCAACUACUUGUUUGACUGGAAUGACACCUUAUGGGACAGAGAUUUGAGAGAUAGACAUUUUCUUUUUUCUCCUGUAAGUAUUUCGGUUAAACUCAUGGUUUGGUGGUUGAGCUCUGACUCCAGCGUCAUAGGCUUCAAUAAUGGUUCGGGCAAAAUAUUCCCCGAUGCCUUGACUUUUUUUCCAGUUGAGGACGAAUCGCCCAAGAACGGUAACGAGCAUUGUCAUGUAAAUAAAACAAGGCAGAACACUCGUCACUUUCCUCGAAUUUUGAUGUUCAUCCCAAAACAAGAUAGAUUAGUUGAUGGUGAGAGGUUAAUCAACCAUUUCGUAAACCAUGAGCCUCACUCACUUUACAAGCUUUGGUAUAUUGACGAAUAUUCCCACUUAGAUGUGCUAUGGGCACAUGAUGUUAUCGAAAGAAUUGGCAAACCUAUUUUAGCCAAUAUAAGGCUUCCCGAAAGGCCUAUUCCGUAA